AUGAAAAAUUCAAGAAGUGCCACCACCGCUUCAUCCAUUCUCACAUGUUCUCGAUUUGGUCUGAUCCUUCUCGUCCUUGUGGUCGUCAUCUUUAACGUGUUCAUGUUUCGAUACAUUUUCAACAUGACUUUAAAAAAGAGAAAAUCUUCCGAUUCUUCCUUUUCACUUGUCAUACAACAACAACAACAACAACCAAAGAGUGGUACUGGUGAACAAAUUCCUUUUCCACCACCAGUGGUGAUGUUACAACAUAAGGAAAAAGAACAAUUAUUAAACAUGGCUCAACAACAAGAAAACCCAUUGGUUGUGAAGCGAGGUUUUGAUGAUGAAUCAUCGAGUCAUGACGACGAUCAUUUAACAACAAAUAGUCAUCAUGAGGAUCCAAUGACUUUUGAUGGCACUCCAAAUGUUGUCAAACGUGUGGUUAUUGAAGAAGAAUCUUCAACUCAAUAUUAUUCAUUUGUGUUAAAUGAACAAGUUCCAAAUUAUGGAGUGGGAUUUUCACAACCACAAGAAUGUGACUCGAGUUUUGGUCUUUCUUUUUACAAGGGAUGGAGAAAUGGAGAACAAGUGUAUUGUAAACCUAAAAAGGGAAAUUCUAAAUUUACAAAUUCAGAAGUGAAUUGUUAUCGAUAUAGACAACCCAAACAUAGUGGAAUGGAUAUAUUUUGUGAAAUGAAAAAUGUCAUGUUUGAUUUUUCAAAAUUGAAAACCAUGACAAGUGACUGUCAACAAGUUUGGAAUAUGGACGGAUGUAAAAGAUAUUACGAAUUCAAUGAAGGAGCCAUGUUGGGAAUGUGUAAAAAAGAAUCAUUUUUUAACACUGAUCACAAAUGGCCCACUGGACAUUUCCAACAAGUGAAUCGACCAAUUUUUAAUGGUUUUUCUGAAGCCAAGUCCUCACUCAAAAAAUUUGAUGAGAUUGUGGAAAAUCCUGUCUUGAUGGUUGCACGAGAUGGAGCAUUUAAUACGUAUCACAGUAUGGAAGAUUUUGUCAAUGCAUUUCUUGUUUUAGAAACUUUGAAACUUAAUCCUAGUCGUGACCAAUUGGAUUUACUCAUUAUUGAUCAAGAAGUUGAUGGACCCUAUGCUCCAAUGUGGAGUAGAGCAUUUUCUAAUGAUAAAACAAAAUUAAGAAUGGUCAAAGAUUGGGUUUCUCAAGGAAAGAAGAUUCUCUUUAAGAGAGCAAUUGUGAACUUGCCUGGAGUGAGUAGUCCAAUUGUGAAAGAUAUUGGCACGCGAAAUCCAUGUGGACCCAUGGUGGAUUUAUUUGUCAAUUUUGGAAGACAUAUUUUGAAAUCUUUUGACUUUAUUGUUCCGCCACGAACAGAAGAACAAGUCAUGCAGUUACCUGCAUUGUCAGAUAAUGUGAAACCGACCGAUACUACUCUCACUGUGAAUGUGACAAUUAUUGAUCGAAAGUAUCAUCACGAAAGAAAAGAUGUGAGUAGAGGAAUUUAUAACAUGAAAGAGAUUGUGAAUUCCAUUCAAGAAUUGUCUGGAAUGAAAAUUUCUGGAAUUACGUUCAAGGUCAAUGUAGUGGCAGUGGAUUUUGCUCAAUUGACUUUUGAGAAACAAUUAGAGAUGAGUUAUAAUACUCAAAUUUUGAUAGGUGUCCAUGGAGCAGGACUCACACACUUACUGUUCCAAGCGGGAGGAGCUAAUAUUCUAGAAGGACCAAAGACAAAGGAGCAAUCCCCUCUCGUAUUUCGAUUGCGACCUCAAUGGGUAUGCGGAGGAGGGAGUGUGAUCGAGAUUCCACCCCUGUUUGGUCAACACUAUAAUAAUAUGGCCAGAUGGGCAGGAAGAAAAUACAUGGUCACACAAUCAUCGUCGCCCAAUGUGAAUGCACAACAAGUGACGGAUUAUGUGAAACAGGGUCUUCAAGAUUGUGCUCAAUUUUUCAAAUCCUUCUACUCAUCAAAAUAA